AAACGUCACGGUCUCAAUGAUAUUAGUGGCAUGAUGGUAGUUUAUUAUUAGAAGUUUACUAAUUAGGAAGUGAUGAAGUUCAAAAUAUCCCUGCCAGAGAAACCAUCUCAUAGGGCACCAGUGACAUGCGUUGGUUGGAGUAGCACGGAAGAAGUUUAUUCAGCCGGCGAUGACAGCCAACUGCUCUCCUGGGCAGUCUCCACCGCCCGAGCCACCAAGGUCGCCCAACUGGCCGCCGACGUGUACCCCACCGACCUGCACUUCCUGCCCAGGGCAGGCGCCGCCCUGGGCAAGCACGGCGACCUGAUCCUGAUCACGUGCGUCGACGGGCGGUUCCACAUCGUGACCAGGGCCGGCAAGGUGGAGAGGAGCGUGGAGGCGCAUAAGGGGGCCGUCUUGGUGGGGCAGUGGGGCAGCGACGGGACUGGACUGCUCACAGCUGGAGAAGACGGUUUCAUCAAGAUCUGGUCUAGAAGCGGGAUGCUACGAAGCACCGUCGUUUCCAGCGAGAACUCUGUAUAUUCCGCAUCUUGGUCACCUGACGGCCAGGCGAUCGCCUAUACGCAAGGCAAAUGCCUUGUUAUCAAGCAGCUGGCGCCCAACACCAAACCGCUGAAGUGGAAAGCGCAUGAGGCCCUCGUUUUGUGUCUGGCUUGGAGUCCCGCCUCAGAGCUGAUAGUUUCCGGCGGAGAGGACUGCAAAUACCGAGUGUGGGACAGCCAAGGACGGCAGAUGUUCUCCAGCACUUUCCACGACAACCACAUUAUUUCCAUCGCUUGGUCGCCGAACGGUGACCUGUUCGCCAUCGGGUCUUUCAACACUUUGAGGUUAUGCGACUAUUCUGGGUGGUCAAGAUCAUUGGAGAAACCGAACACAGGCUGCAUCUACAAGAUGGCAUGGUCGACAGACGGUACCCAACUGGCGGGAGCGUGCGCGAACGGACAAGUACUUUUCGCACACGUCGUCGAGCGCGAAGUACACUACAUGAACUUCACCGCACUGGUCAGCGAAAAGAAACUGGUGACCGUCAAAAACGUCAUCGACGAGACGAACGAACAGCUCGAGUUGCCCGAACGGGUGAUCCAGUUGGCCCUGAGAUACAACCACUUGGUGCUCACCACGCCAACGCAGUGUUACAUUUACAAUACCACCAACUGGAACACUCCUGCCAUUUUUGAUUUGAAGGAUGGCUCUGUGAUACUGCUUCUGCUUUGUGAAAAGCACAUGCUACUGGUGGAGAAAACAACUGUCGGAAUAUAUAACUACCAAGGUAGAUUGAUUGCAUCACCGCGAUGGCCAAACAUGCGAUUGGAUCACUUGAGAAGUUCACACAUCACAUUGUCGCCUGAUACCCUAGCUGUGAGAGAUGCUGGAGACUUCAAAUCUGUUCAUAUUAUUGACCUGACAAAUACUCGAACAUCAACAGAAACUACAAAUAUUCAACAUUCGAUGCAAAUCAUCCAAAUUUCCUUGGACCAAUGGGGAGAAACAUCUUCAAGGAAAUUGGUAGUUUUAGACAAAACCAGAGAUUUGUAUCUAGUCCAUAUAAGAAGUACAAACAAAAUAUUCUCCAAAUUGGGUCGAAAAAUUGAAUCAUUUCAAUGGAAUGCAAGUGACAAUAUCAUAGCAGCAAUUCAAGAUACCCAAUUGGUAGUUUGGUACUGUCCUACAGCAUGCUUCAAUGCAAAGUUGCUAAAAAUUUGUUCUAUGCAAUAUGAUUCACCAGAAUUGGGUCGUAGUCCAAGAAUAAGCGAUUUCAUUGGGAAUUCUGUUUCUGUCAGAAGGGCAGAUGGUGCUCUACUGAAUGUUCCCGUAUCCCCAUUCCCCAGCUUGAUCCACAAAUAUGCCCAAGACAACCAAUGGACCGAGGCAUUAAACCUUUGUCGAACAACUAAUAACGAAACUGUAUGGGCGUGUUUGGCAGUUUUGGCUAUCCAGUCGAAUUCCGAUACCAUUGAUAUAGCUGAAGAGGCCUUCGCUAAUAUCAAUCACCACGAGAAAGUAUUCUUUUUGCAACAUAUUAAGACUUUACCAAACAAAGUCGAACAGAAAGCUCAGCUGGCUUUACUAGGAGGAAAGAUUCAAGAAGCAGAGUUACUGCUGUUGCAUAAUGGAAUGGUAUUUCAGGCAAUUUAUAUGAAUAUGAACUUGCACAACUGGACAAGGGCAUUAGAUCUCGGCAUCAAACACAAAACUCACAUAGACACAGUAUUAUAUCUGAGAGAAAAGUAUCUGGAUAGCUUAGGAAAACCUGAGAAUAACAACAAAUUCAACACACUCCGUGAAACAAUACAGAUCGAUCGAGAGAAAGUUGAACAAAAACUGGCAAUGGAGUUGCAGAAGAGAAAAUCCAGCAGUUAGAGGAAGAAUUGCUCAAAAAAGGAUAUCGAUGGAAUGUUAUAGAAUGAUUUAAUCAAUGUUUUCUGCUCUGAACAAAAAGAUUUUCUUGUUGAAGAACAAGCAAUUAUUUUUGUGAAUUGAAAUAAAUAUUAAAUAUACAUAGUUAUAUUAUAUCUAGACUUAUAAAUUAUCAUCCCUCUAUGGGUCAUCAAAGUAUAUUAUCUAUGAACAAAAUUUUGGUAGUUGCAUUGGUACAAAGAUUCUUCCGUGAUUGGGUUUCACGUAGAAAUCACAUUUUCUGUGUGAAUUAAUGAUAAUUCUUCAUUCUCCUGAUCCCCACUAAUCAGAGAAUGAAUUUAUUCAAUUUGAGUGUUUUAUAAGCAAUGAUAGUGAUACCAGGGGAUAUUAUCGCCGUGUUAUUCAUCGCUCUGGGAAAUUUUUAAAUGGCGUGAUGGCACUUUUGAUAAAUCGAUCAAGAGAAGAUUUGUUCUUCUAUGCAGUAUUAUUAUACAGUGCUUCUCAGAAGUAAUGUCUAGAAGCAAUUAAAAUUGAGUCAUAUAAAGCUUUAGGAAUAUUCCAUCGAAGUUUAAGUCAAAUAGAAUUAAACAUGCCUCCUAUCAGGAUAGUGAGGAUAAAUAUACUCGGGAUUAAACUAGCAAGAAAUCAGACUACCACUACUUUCGGUAUGGAUGCAUUUUUAGACCAAUCUGAACGAUUCUAGCUAUGGAGGUGACUUCGAGUCUGAAUCCUUUAUUUAUCAUCAAUAAUAUUUCAGUGUAUAAACCUAAUAUCUUCAGCAAUAUGAAAACAACAUCAUUGAAAUAUCGAAACACUGGCAGCCUCCACAGUAUAUGCCUCUACAGUAUUUUUCAUAAGAUAUUCAAAUAAUAUAUAAUAGUUUACGGUUGUCGCAAUUUUGCCUUGGCGAAGCAGGUGAGAUCAUUAACCAUAUACCUUCAGCAUAAAAAUAAUUUAAAGUUAAAUCAAAUACUGUCAGUUUGUUAUUGUUUUAUGCAAUAGACAUAUGAAAAUUGUGUAUAUCAUGAAGAAUGGCUGAAAGAAUAACUGGACUUCAGGUUACUGAGGAGGAUUAGAUAUCCAAAAUGAGUUGAUUUGAAUUAAGUCAUAUAACCUCUUUGUGAGAGAUAUAAUUCCCAUAUCACUGAUGACGAAUGGUUUUUUCGGAAGUUUCAAGCUCAUAAAGAUCAGAGUUUAUGAAAGUGUAUUUCUCCUAUACAUUUCCAUUUUGAUUUAAAUACUGAACAUAUUGGUAACUUGAGUUGAGAGAGAAUGUAAAUUCUCAAUUUCAGAGGAUUUUCAUUUUUCAUGCUCUGCUUUUGGAUGUUCAACAGAUAUAAUUCAAUAUUCGAAGUGGCAAAUAGCCAGGAAAGUAGUUGUUUUCUGUUGAAUAUUCAGAAUGAUAUUAUGUGCAUAUACACAUUUUUAUCUGAAGGAGAAUGCAAAUUCUCAACUUCAGAAGAUUUCGUUUUCAAAUUCUUAUCGUGUGUGUUCAAUAGAUAUAAUUCCAUAGGUAUUCGUCAUGGCAUAUAGCCAGAAAAGUAGUUAUUUUCUAUUGAAUAAACCGAUAAAGAAUUGAUAUUUUCAUCACAUAGAGAAUGCGAAAUCUCGAUGUGUUUCUUUAUAUAAUAAUUAUGAAUAUAUCCAUUUUUUUAUGUAACAUUUUUCAAAACAAAAUGUCACUGACAAGCUGUUGGACUUCUCUUUUAGGCUCUCUGAUAGAAUAAUUUUUUAAACGCAGUGACAUUUUGGGGCGAAUCAUCUGAUUUGUUUUACUACAUAUUGAAAUAUAACUUAUAUUCUGUGUUUUAUAGAAACGAGGAGAAAAUCCCAAAUAAACAAGGAAAAUAAAGUUAUACCAUUUUGCUCAAAGAGUAAGUAUUUGGUUUAGGGAUUGACCUUUUUACGUGUUUUUUGACAAGUUUCAUCGAUGUACUGGGUUCGAAUCAGGCCACCAUCAAUUUUGGAAAAUUACUGUGGAGAUUGAUAAUCCAAUUAUUACAUUCAAUAAUCCGAAAAUCAUGGCUUUUUAAAUUCUUGCAUUGAUCCACACAUACAGAGGGAUGAAAGAAAUGAACAUAGCAUUCAAUCAAUAAUGGUAUUUCAUAUUCUUCUUGUUAUCUAACUCGACCUAUUUUUUCCGAGAAUUGUAAUCAAGGUAGAUCAGGAGAUAUGCAGGGUUGUAAGUUUUGAAAUGAAAGCCCUGUAGGUAUAUGAACUGAAAGGAAAUAUAAAUUCUAUGUAUUACAGAAGGAGAAAAGUUGAGAGAGUUGUAUCACCUUCUCUAUAAGCAAGUCCUUCAUCCAGUGAACGAAAUAAUGAUUCCUAAAGCUAAUUAUCUAUUGGUCCCCGAUUUUCUUGGUUUUUUCUUCGGCACUUUUCAGAUAAUCCAGAUACUGUCCUUUCCUCAUUGGGUCAAGCUCAACCAAUCUUCUAUAGAACUGGACUCUGCAGUCGACGUAGUCUUUAUCAUUCAGUACUAGACUGCCAGUUAGCCAACACUUUGCCAUGAUGAUCCCU